GUAUGUGUUUGACUCUGUCUCCAGCGCAUGAUCUCGGAGAAGAGAUACCAGUACGUCUUAGACAGAGCCUGUUGUCAGUUCGAGCCAGACGAUCCAGACUUCAUCAGGACCACUCACCGUGUGUACAAUGCAGUAGAUCAGUGUGGAGACUACGAGCAUUUGAGGUCGACGCGCCACUUUGGCCCGCUGGCCUUUUACCUGGCGUGGCACUCGUCGAUUGACGGCCUGCUGGUGGACAUGCUCGACAGAGACAAGGCUCAGGAUGCCAGAGACGUGGUGGUCCUGUUUGCCGACGUGCACCCAAACAGCUCAUGCGCAGCCGCCAUCUCGGAACUACCUCAGCAAGACGAUGAUGUCGCAGUCAUAAAGACAUAUUUAUCCACUGACUGCAAGAACAAGGACAAAGUAGAACUCUCGCUACGGGCCAUGGUCGACUCACAGAGGUCAAAGGGGAAGACACAGAACUCUUCCCUGUGAUGAAUGAAUGAAUGGAUGGAUGAGGAUGAUGAUGUGUUGGAUACGAAUGGUGUGAUUUAUGGAGAGGAUAACAUGCAAAGGAAUUUGAAAUUUAAAUAUUAAAUAUGAAUGUCCAGUGUUAUAUUGCAUGAUGUUUUCUAUGAUUUGUUUUUAGCUUGAAAGUAAUAAAUGGACAUGAACUUCUG